UAGUUUCCUCGUAAAUCGUGAGCCUUCCAAUUUCCAUUCUCAGGAUUUUCAAAUGAAUCGGGAUGGCGGCUUUGCUGUUCCCGCGGCGAUGACGUCAGUGGCAGUGGCUGUGCACGGCGGCGGAGGCAACGAUAGCCGACGCGCCGUCAAGUGGGCGGUGGAGAAUCUCUGGCCCCGAGCCGAUCGCUUCGUCUUGGUCCACGUCGUGCCCAAAAUCUCGUCUAUCCCCACUCCUUCGGGAGAUUUUAUCCCCGUGGCGGAACUAGAUGAAAAGAUGGUGGCAAUGUAUGUUCAGGACGUUAAAGAGAAGCUAGAAGAAGUUUUUGUUCCAUUCAAGAAGCUAUGCAGGACGAGAGAGAUCGAGACUUUGAUUUUAGACGAUGACGAUCCGGCAAAGGCUCUUCUAAGAUAUGCGUCUGAGUCGGGGAUUAGUUGUUUGGUCCUGGGCUCUUGCUCUUCAAAUUUUCUGACAAGGAAACUGAAGGGACCAGGGGUACCAGAAAUUGUUCUAAGAUGUACUGCCAACGCAUGUGAUAUUUAUGUUGUGUCCAAGCAGGGAGUAAUCACAAAAGCAGCUAAUCCGUCAUCUUCUGGGGAGACUAGCACUGCACGACAGAGUUCUACUCAAAGAGACCACGGUCUAGGGCUCCAUGGUCUUGGUGAACAAAUAUCUGGGUUUCGUUCUUUCUCUGCAGAGUCCCAAGUUAGUGAAACUUUUGGAGCAUCUACCAUGUCCGUUCUUAGUUAUCUAAAUUCUGAAGCAUUUACACAAAUAUGUUCUCCCACAAAUACUAGCAUACAUGAAGGGAAUCGUUACCAAGACCUGGAAGCCGGUCUUGAAACUCAUACUUUAAGACAAUGCCAUUCCAUGGCUUCUUUAAAUAUUGACAAGUCACAUGCACAAGCUGAGGUUGAACAGUUGCGUCGAGAAUUGCAAAGUACUAUUACAAUGUAUAAUAGAGCUUGUGAAGAACUGGUCCAUGCACAAAAGAAGGUCCAGUUAGCUUCUUCCGUAUGCCUCGAGGAAACUCGAAGAGUGGAUGCUGCCCUUGAAAGAGAAGAGCUUUUAAAGAAAAUUGCUGCUGAAGAGAAAGCAAAGCAUUUGGGAGCCGUGCAAGAGGUUGAGACAGCAAGAGCUUUGCUUGCAAAAGAAACUUACGAAAGACAGAUUGCUGAAGUGAAUGCCUUUGAAGAGUCCUUUGAGAAAAGCAAACUUAUUGAUGCACUCUUUUCAAGCGAUAAAAGGUACAGGAGGUACACGAGGAAAGAAAUAGAAAUAGCGACAAAUUUUUUCUCGGAGACAAAUGUGAUUGGUGAAGGAGGUUAUGGGAAGGUCUACAAAUGCAACCUUGAUCACACUUCAGUAGCUGUUAAGGUUCUUCAGAGUAGUGCAGCUGAAAAGAAACAGGAGUUCUUGAAAGAGGUCGAAGUUCUAAGUCAACUACACCAUCCAAACAUUGUUCUGCUGCUUGGAGCCUGUCCGGAGAGUGGUUGUCUUGUCUAUGAAUACAUGGAAAAUGGAAGCCUGGAAGAUUAUAUCUUCCGCCGAAAAGGAAAAUCACACCUUCCUUGGUUCGUAAGGUUCCGCAUAGUCUUUGAAAUAGCUUGUGGUCUUGCAUUCCUACACUGCUCGAAGCCAGAUCCUAUCGUUCAUCGAGAUCUAAAGCCAGGGAAUAUCUUGGUAGGUAGAAAUUUUGUUAGCAAAAUUGGUGAUGUUGGUCUGGCUAAACUCAUUUCAGAUGUCGUCCCUGACAACAUCACUGAGUACAGAGACUCGAUUCUUGCCGGUACGCUCUUCUACAUGGAUCCGGAGUAUCAAAGAACUGGUACAAUCCGACCAAAAUCAGAUGUAUUUGCUUUUGGAGUCAUAAUCCUCCAAUUGUUGACAUCUCGUCAUCCAAAGGGGCUUCUCUUAACUGUUAAGAAUGCUAUCAGAAAUGGUUCCUUAGUUGAUAUUCUAGAUAAGUCAGUUACAGACUGGCCACUUAUCGAAACGGAGGAAUUAGCUCGACUUGCCCUGAAGUGUUCAAAACUCAGAUGCAGGGACAGACCAGAUCUUGAGACUGAAGUUUUGCCUGUUCUCAAAAGACUAGUUGAUAAGGCAAAUGCUAGAGCAAAAGUAGAAAGAAACAACACCCACGCACCAGGCCACUAUUAUUGUCCAAUCCUUCAGGAGAUUAUGGACGACCCCCACAUUGCUGCUGAUGGUUUUACUUAUGAGUACAGAGCAAUCAAGGCGUGGCUUGAGAAACACAGCGUUUCACCAGUGACAAAGCGUAGACUUCAGCAUUCUAUGUUGACUACAGAUCAUACGUUACGCUCGGCGAUAAAUGAUUGGAGAUCACACAUGACAUUCUGAGGCGCCUAAACUAAGAAACAGAAGAAAAUUCUUGUACCGUGCACCAUUAGCGAUAUUGUUGUCCCGCGAGAAAUUGUUUGGUUUUUUGCAUUUUUGGAUCAGAUUUGCCUUUUUACUGAGAACCACGUAUGAAAUGAGCUUCUCAUAUCGCCACAAGUGAACUUGCUUGGUGAACAUGUAUGUUAAUAAGUUUAGUUUCUAGUAGACAAUGCAAAUUUAGAUUUGUAUAUAAUUCCUACAUCUGAAAGUAAAUUGUUGUAAGAUUUAUGUUAUAGUAUCACGUAUAAU